GCAGCACGGCAGCUCGGUGGUGGCAGGUGGCGGUAAAUGUGUGUUGAGCAGUGCUGACUGAGGAACGGAGCGACUCGCCGAGAGAGAGAGAGCGCCCAAGAGCACAUUUCGAUCGAUAAUUUCCGAGUUGCGGUGCGGAAAUUGACAACACGAAGGCGAGGAGGAGGAUGGUGUUGUUGUACCAGAUGCUGUUCGGUUUGUGAUCCCCCUCAGGGAAGUCCGAAGUGCGUGCGCGUUUUUUUUUCUCCCGAACGGUCCUUCAUGCUACCGACCCGAGGACGUAGUAGUAUUGUUAUUAGGCCUAGGAAAUGGUGCAGACGUAGCAGCAGCAGCAGCAGCCAUAACGGUUUUUUCUCGUACCGCUGCUCCCUCGCUCAGGCACGCGCUUUUUCAAUGAAGGUCACCGCCGCCGCUAAGAAGCCAAGAGAGGAGGCGACCUUCUUCUUCUGCUGCUGCUGGCGGCCUUUGGAAAACUCGAGGAAGGGAGUUUUAACUGUUGUCGUGGUGUGAGGGAUCCUUUUUUUUUUCUCUAUCUCUCUCUCUCCUCUCACCCUCCCCCAACUCUCUCUCUCUCUCUCUUUUGAAACUGGGUGUGCGAAGUGUCUCGACUCGGAGCGGCAACGGAUGCACCGGUGGCCGUGUUGUUGACGUCCAGCGGCGAAACCUGCCUGGCGUCCGAUGCCUUGGACGAGGACUCGUUGGCACUAUGUAGAGGAGGGGACGUAACCAUGCUGUCCUCGCCUGGGGUGUCCGAAGUGCCGGUGGAGGCCACAGCAUUUCUGGGGGCGGUUGCUGCCUUCGUAGUCUUUCUCUUCGUAUUAUUUCUGUACCUGAACAAGAAGCUCUGCUUCUACACCGUGGGAAACUUCCCAUGCUGCGAUGACUCCUUAGCGAAGCCAGAUAAGCUCAAACAGUUAGGUGCGGCUUACAACUACGGCGAUGGGGAGAGCUCGAGCGACUCGGAGGAGGAACUGACGAAUCGGCUGUCGACCUCGAAGAGCUUCCCCUCGGCCCUGCGAGACAACAGCCAAUACCACCACCACCACCACCAUCUACACUCCAAUCAUGCCCACCACAAUCACCACUCCCACAAUCACACCCACGUCCCCCAUACCAGUCACGCCCCUUCCUCCUCCUCCUCCGCCUACCACUCCUACAAUCACUACAAUCACCUCAACUACCAUCAGCUGGGACCGUCGAGAUCAUCCUCCCAAUACUCGGCUCCUGAGGAAGGCGGCUCUGCAGGUCGAACCGAUGGCUGCGGGUGCGACACGACGAGCGACCUCAUCUCCCUCGCCGAGAAGGGUCGCGCGGGCGUGGCGGGCAGCGGCGGUGGCGGCGUCGGCGGAGGAGGAGGAGGAGGAGGAGGAGGAGGAGGAGGGGCGGGGGAGGAAGACCCCGUGGGCGUGGGAGUCGGGGUGUCGUCUUCGUCGGCCUCUUCGUCGGGGUCGACGACCAGUGGCGACGACGACCUCCUAACGCAUCGGGCGUUGCGACACAGGGACCCCCGGGCCUACCGCCAGAUGUCGCCGAACAGGUCGCCCUACGAUGAAGGGUAUCAGCCGGGAGGAGAGGACGGCCUUGCCGGGGAGGCUCUCCUAUUGAGGUGCGGCUCUGUGGAAGCCGGCUUCGCCUACGACCUUCCGACGAAAACGCUGACGGUGCACGUCCUCCAGGCGAAGGACCUGCCCAGCAAGGAGAGAGGAGGGGCCACCAAUACCCAGGUGAGGGUCCUGCUGUUACCAGGAAGGAAGCAAAAACACAAGACCCGCAUCAGACCAGGAGACAAUCCACAGUUCAACGAAGCUUUCGUCUUCACCAAAGUCAAUCCAGAAGACGUUCAGCAACUAGGCGUCCGUCUGCGCCUGUACGGCUGUGAGCGCAUGCGCCGAGAGAAGAUGGUGGGCGAGGUCAUCAUGCCCUUCGCCUCCAUCAACCUCACCCUUGGGAACACCUUCUGGCUCACGCUCGAACCCAGGGCGAACUUAGCUCGUUCGGAGAGCCGAAGCGAAGUCUGUAGUCUAACCCGAAGUGAUUCCACGGGGUCCACCCACUCUGUCCACAGCGGGGUCCCAGAGCUGCUGGUAGGCCUGACCUACAAUGGAACCACGGGCAGGCUGGCAGUCGAGGUCAUCAAGGGGUCACACUUCAGUAACGACAUCGAUAGUGUAAUUCCUCCUGGACUGUGGAGAGUGUUACCCAGGGAUAUUCGACGAGCAGGGCCAAUUAUGAGGAACAGUGAUGAUUUCAGGAACAUGGCCAAUACCCGUGCCCCGGACACCUACGUGAAGCUCGUGCUGAUGUCGUCCAGUGGACAGGAGAUCGCUCACAGCAAGACCUCCGUCAGACGCGGACAACCCAACCCACUCUUCAAGGAAACCUUCAUGUUCCAGGUUGCGCUGUUUCAGCUGCCCGAUGUAACCUUGAUGGUGUCAGUGUACACGAAGAGGAGCAUGAAGAGAAAAGACAUGAUUGGCUGGUUCGCCCUCGGUCUCAACAGUUCGGGAGAAGAGGAACUCGCUCACUGGAACCAGAUGAGAGACUCCAAGGGCGAACAGGUGUGCCGGUGGCACGUCCUUCUUGAAUCCUAGGGGGGGGGUUCAGUCCCCCCUCCUCAAAAGUCCUUCGUUCAAGGACAACCGACUCACACACAAACACCGCGAGAAAGGAUGCACCCUCCUCGUCUAGAGUGAGGUCAUACAAUCUUCUUGGAGAUCUGCGAUGGAACAUUUGGUCUCAGGGUCCGGGACUGUGUUCUCCUUCACUCGGAGAGAAAGCUUUUCAGGUUAGGUUUGGGUGUUCAAAGUAUGUCGUUCAUUCUCAGAGAGAGAUGUUUACUUCCAUCGUAGUUUUUCUGUUAACCGACACGCAUUUUUCAGUGAUUUUAUCUAGUCUCGAGUCAGUCUCCUCAUUACUGAAAAUCUUAAAAGAAAUUUAACCCGAUAACCUAAUUACCAUUAUAAAUAACGUUUUAACUUUCUCAUUCAUAAGGAGAAAAAGAGUAAGUACCUCCAGAUAUAUUUUUCUUCACUCAGAGGUCUUUUACGUUCUAGAAGAACGUUCGAUCAUCUAGUUAUAAAUGUUUUCUAGAUGUUCCCCCAAAUUCUCGUUUAAAAUUAUAUAGCCUUUAAAGAUGUCCAUAUAUAUAUAUAUAUAGAUUGUUAUCACUCGAUUGACGUAGAUGAAUAUUAUUAUACUAUUUGAUGAUGAAUGACGCAUAAUACCAAAUGAUCCAGGAAAGAAAUCGAUCUGAAUCCUUGCAGACACUGUGAGGUAUAUUCUGUUGCGUAGAAAUGCUUAUAACCAGAGUUAUUGUAUUGUUAAUGGAUGACGAUUGCUAUAACGUCGCGGAAGUCUAUUCUGUUGUGAUUCUCUAGUCUGUGAUUCUCUUGGUGAAUUCUUGUUCGUAGAGGCUCUAUCUUAUCAAUAGGAUUCUUUGACCGGGAAGCAAAUCCCCGAAAUGUAUACUGGUAUUGUUAGGUUAGGUUAGGUUAGGUUAGGUUAGCUCAGGCCAACGCAGCUCAAAGGAGCGUUCUGCUAGCAUUUUGGGUGUGGGAAACAUAUUGAGAUUAAUUUCAAGAAGAUUCUAUGGUUAGUUUUUAAGAUAUGGCGACCCGCUUUUAUCAGGGAAGGUUCGGUACUCGGUUACAGUUCGGGAAUAUGCGACCCGGGAUAGAAAUGUGUAUCCGAAGCUGCGGGAGACGACUUCCUUCGUGAGAGUUGGUCUUUGAGAGAUGAGCAAAGUUUAUUUAGUAUUUUGCCUAUACAAUUGGGAGAAUUGAUUAGGAAAGGGAGUGUGAACAAAAAUGGUAUUUUUCAAUUGGUAACCAAAAAAGUUUAUAUAUAUACGUAUGUAUAUACAUACGUAUAUAAUAUAUAUACAUUUAUAUAUACAUAAAUGAAUAAAUAUAUAUAUAAUACAUUUGCAUAUAUAUGUAUGUAUGUAUGUAUAUGCAUACAUACAUACAUACAGUCAUUUUUCCUGGGAUUUAUCAAAAUAAACCCGUAACUAAAGUAUCAGCUAAACAAACAUGACACGUUACAUCGGCGUCUUUAAUCCACAUAAUAUGGGUGUUCAUUUACAAAAAUAUUUCGACUAUAUUCUUGAAACGCUACUCUUUCCUGCGAUCUGCCUUUUGAAAAAAUUUUUAAACACUACGUUAUUACGUCAUCAGUAACUCCGAAAUUCGGUAGAGAACGCGUAUACAGCACGGAUGACGUUACCAGCACAUGGUGGCCAAAGGAAAUUUGUCACCAGAGGAAAAUUCUUAUUGACAAGCGUCUUCUUUCUCGGUUAUUGACUAUAAAGUACUGCUUAGGUGCGUUGUCUUCCUAAUAUAGUUUUUUUUUUUUCAAGCCAUAAUGAUGAGACCUGCUGGUUCUUUUAAUUUUUCUCUAUCUGGUAUAGAAUGGAAGCUCGCUUGAAUUUUAUCUGGUGCAGAGUGGACGCUCGCUUGAAAGUCAUAGAUGACUCCAUUUUCAAUUUAUUUUUGUUUAACCCCGAGACUGUAAAUCAGUAAACCCGUUCUGACAUGUUAGCACAACACUCGCGUUGCUCGGAAGGAAUUAGAAGCGAAAGCCACGAGCAACCUGGUAAGAUAUAUAUAUAUAUAUAUAUAUAUAUAUAUAUAUAUAUAUAUAUAUAUAUAUAUAUAUAUAGGAAAUCAUACGAGCUUCAUUGUCGAUACUUAGCCUCACGAACUGACUAAUACUGACUUUCUGUAUGGAGUCUCGAUCUGAACAUCAGCGGAACUCAUAGGGGCGUUUUCUCUGACAGGAAGACGUUGGAAAACCCGAUUACAGUAGACAAAAGCGACAGACAUCGUACACGUAUGAAUUACGUAUGCCUGGAAAUGAUUUCGUAAGAAACGAUACGACGACCAUUUUGAGCGAACAUGAGAUGUCUUUUUUUUUUUUUCCCAGUGUUCUUCAAUGUCUUCUUCAGGCUGUGCAAGUGACAGCCUAAGAAAAAAUUAUAAUAAUGAUAAAGUCUGGAACGAAAGUCAGAUAUAAAUCUGUCAGUCGCCGUCACUCUUUUAGCACUUUUUUUUUAAUAGCUUGACGGGCUGAAGAGAAAAGGUCGUCUUUUGAAAAGUUGUUAUUUGAAAAAGUCGUUAUGAGAAAACUCACUUGCUGAAAAGUGUGGUAGAAAAGUCGUUCUCUGACAGGGUCUUCUUUGAAAAAAAAUCGUUCAUUGAACUGUCGUUCCGUGAAAAGUUCUUUAACAGGCUCUUUUCAGAAAAAUCGUUCUACGAAAAAUCCUUCAUUGAAAAGUCGUUCUAUGAAAUGUCCUUGGGGAAAGUCGUUGUGUGAAAAGUCGUCCUUGGGAAAGUCGUUCUAGGAAAAGUCGUUUUUUUGGAAAGCCGCCUCUUCCCACUGAGACUCAACUCGACUACUCGCCGGAUCGGAGCCUUUCAAAGUUCACCAGCUUCUCUCUCGCGUUUGUUGACAUAAUAUAUACCUCUCGCAGUGGCAGACUCACCGCCUGUACAUAUUAGACUCGACCCACUGAUUGGUGGGAGAGUAUAUACCUUUUUUGGAGUCUGCCGCGCCUCAUCUUGAAUCAAUCAAUCAGUCAGUCAAGCCAGUGUCUCGGCAGCGCCAGAGAUGCCCCUAUGAUAAUAAAAAUAAAAAAAAUUUUGGAAUCUCAAGUGUGUAUCUCUCUCUCUCUCUCUCUCUCUCUCUCUCUGUUUAAUUCUGCUCUCCAUAAUGUGAGUGGAUAGUAUCCUAUUUAAUCGCUGAAUUCAGGCCAAAGUUGUUUGUUGUCAAUAACAAUAAUCAUCAUAAUUAUAAUAAUAAGCUUGUCCAGCUCAACGAUCCUGAGACGCGUUUGUUUCGGAAAGGAAAGAAAAAAAAAACGCCAAACAAGAGAAAAAAAACACCAACGGAUCUUUUGGAUCAUUUCAGUGUAUAUAUACAGUGGGUCCCCCGUAUUCGCGUUCUCUGGAUUCGCGGACUUCCCUCUGUAACAUACCCCCAUUAUCCGCUGGGAAUAAGCACAUUCGCGGUGUUUUUCUUUGAGAAAUAUCCACAAAUUCCUGUUUUGUUAUUUGUUAUCAGUUUAAUUAUGAAAUGCGCUUUUUGUGAUAAAAUUAUUUAAAAAACCAAAUAUAAAAGUUUUUAGUGUGUUUUUCGUGAGUUUCAACUCACAAAAUAGGCCGUUUUAAGCAUUUUUAUUAGAGGUUCCAACCAUUCGCGGGGUUUUGCUAUUCGCGGGGAUGUGGUACGCAUCCCCUGCAAAUACGGGAGACCAACUGUAGUGGAGUUUGGUUUUGGGGCCCAGGUGGCGCCACUUUUUUGAGGUGUCCAGAUGGUUCUCGGGUUACGGAGACUUGGAAAUCGUCGUUCAGUGUCGAACCUACAAAGUCAAUUGAUCUCUGGGACUGCAGUGAUUACAAUAUAUUUGUGACCGGUAAAAAAAUGUCCUUGAGCAAUUAUUGUAAAGUUUCAAACCUGCCAAAUUGAUUGAUUUCCGGUGCUGAAUGAAAUUCAUCUCUGGGACUGUAGUUAUCACACUUUUUUCCUCGUUGCUUUUAUUAUAGAAAUCUAUUUUCUAAAAUAAAGAUUGGAGUAACGUGUUUGAAAUUUUAAACGAAAAGGAAUCAACGAACUUGAAAUUUCAAGUUAUUGUAUGAUCAUUGUUAUCAAUAUUAAUAAUUCGUUGGAAAUCGCAGCCUCAGUGGAGACAAUGAUAACUCGAUAUUAAAAAAAAUAAAUAAAUAAAUCCCCAAAUUAUUUCUAACGGAUUGGAAAACUUACAACUCUUAUUCGUCUCACAUUUCCCUGAACCUGGUAACCCAGAAAUCACCUGCUGGAUGGAAUCGAAAAUAAGAAGGAAAAAAUAUGUAUAAAAUUAAAGUGGUUUUUGGGAAGUGCUUGGGCAAGUGCUGUGCUUGCCAGAUAAGAGAUGGCCAGCAAGCAAGCAAGCAGCGCUCGUAUUUUUCAUCUCACUCCUAGACCUAUAUAUAAACAUAGACCUCUAUAGAUUUAAAGGUGAUUAGGAGUCUUAGGCAACUGCUACAUCCUCUCUCUCUCUCUCUCUGGAAACUUUCUCUGAGAUCCUUUUCCUUCCUUAUGCUCGUUGCUCUUGAAAACGUACAUUUAUUUUUGUACUACUGACAUUUCCGUGUGCGUCUGUACAUACCGUCAAUUUAGAUCGUCUGGUGCAACUUGUCAUUAGUGUUUUCGGCUGUAAGUUUCUCUGGUCUUGGGGCAACGUGGCUGUGCGCGCGUGCGCACGUGGUUUUUUGUGCGUCGACUCACUUCUUUGUGCACUGUGCAAAUACACAGGUAAAUACAUCCGCAAUGAUUGGGGGAAUGGCUCCUUUAUGCAGUUGUUGAUGGUGUAUGGAACCUCAGUUUAGGAGGAAGUUUGUGUGUGUGUGUUUGUGUGUGUGUGUGUUUUAGUGUGUGUAAAGAACGUAUUCAACUUCGAGCGUUUGCCGGUACAAGCGUGUCUGACAAUACCUACAUUCGUUUUAUUCAUAAGUGCACAUGUGUACGUGUGUUCGUGCAAAACCACGUGUGCAGUGCCCGUGUGCAACGGCGCAUCCGUACUACAUAUUACAAUCAGUGCAUAUUUCUCUUCCAAUCUCCCAUUGCCAGUACGCUUAUCUGAAAUCCACGGAGGACCCCUUCACUUCCUUACCCGUCGUGGUCCGAUGUGGUCUUGCCCGGAAGAGAGAAUCGAAGCGAGGUGGGGUUAGUGCUCACGUACGUCAAGGCCUAGCCCUCUUCCUCCCCAACAUGGCGCCCAAGGAGGCUCCAGUAUGUAGUCUCGAGUUGGUCGGUGAAAUGCAAAAAGUUGGCUGUUGUUUUGGUGGUUUUUUCGAAGUGGUUUCUGGCUCAGGCAGUAGAAGAAGAAGAAGACGGAGGAGUAGGCUCGCAUUAGACGGGUCACUGAGCUGCUGUGAAGGCGAAGAUAGGGAUACUUGAUAUAAUGUAAAUGGCUCCCUCGAUUAGGACGCUUGGGCUGACUGGCUGUUCGUUAAUCCUACUACUCGUUCGCGCUCGCCAGUGCUAUGUUAGGCCUACAAGGUAGUGAAUACUAUUGCACAACUUGUUCCCCCUCUUCGUAACGCGAGCUAUUAUUUGUCGUGAUAGAUUUACGAGGACAAACUCGAAGUUUAUGUGUCAAUGUAUAUAUGGGUGAAUAGAGUAUAUAUAUCUACAUAUGACAUAUACACGCGGAAAAGAGUGUAUUUGUAUGUACGUAUAGUACCAAUCACUGCUGAAGUAUAGUAGGUGAGGAGACAACAAGGCCUGUCUGUAAUCUGUGAUGCUCUCUUUUUUAUCUCAUUGUUUCACUGUCUGCUGCGUCGUCUCUUUCAUGCCUGGCUGGCAUCCACGGACUUUUCACUCCUGCCAGGACGCGUUGGGGUGAUGGUGGAGAAUCAUUUAUAAUAAUAAUUAUUCGUCAGAUCUGCAGCCAGAUCUUUUGGUGUAGUGGCUGAUGGUCGAGAAGGAGGAAGCUCAUUCGUGUGGUGUUUUUGCGUAUUCGACGAGAAACAGGUACUACUACCACUCUCGUAUGUAGUGCAGUUUCUGGUGUAUACUUACUUCUUUUGUUUCACGAUGAUUGUCACGUUCGGUAGUUUCGUUUUUUGCGUCUAGAAUGUUGACAUCUUCUUGAAGUGUUAGCUCAUAGUAGUGUUUACAUGGAAGAAGUAGGCCUAAGUAUGUGUUGUUUAGUUUUUUUAUAUAUAGAUUUGUCAACAACUUGUUAUCAAUUAAGUGAUAAGUAAUGAUUUGUUAACUAUAUAAGUGUGUAAAGCGUAUGAGUUCUAUCAUUGCAUUUCAUUCGCUGCUUUCUUACAGCUCAUUCCAUUUCAAUAAUGUGCAACGUAACGCUUCGUAAAUAUCGACAAUCGAAAGCCUUUUGUAAUGUUUCAGCGAUUUUGCGUUCCCUGCACACUUCACGUCACAACAGCAUUGACUUUGCAAGUCUUCGUGGCUUAUUCUCAAGUUUCAUGAACUAUAGUAGAUUCACAUCAGCCGUGCAUUUGAUGUUUAGGCCAGUCCCUUACGACGCUCCUGAUUGGUUGUUGAUAAGCCAAUGAUAGGGCUGGAAACUCUCAGUCUCUCUCCAGAGUUCAUAUAGGCAGGAUGUAUAUUCCACCUUUCCUGAAAGAUACGUCUUUCAGAAGAGGUGGAACAUACGUCCGCUUAUGUGAACACUCUUGAGGGGGACUGAGAGUUUCCAGCCCUAUCAUUGGCUUAUGAAGAGCCAGUCAGGAGCGUCGUAAGGGACUGGCCUAGACAUCAGAUGGACGGUUGAUGUGAACCUACUGUAGUCACUCGCUGACCUCGUACACACUGUGGAACUGAGUUGUUGUUGAACUGAAAUUUACACCGCAAACCGAAUUGGAAGUCUGUGAGUCUGUUUUUUUUUUUUUUUUUUUUUGAAAAGGGAUGGUCUGUCUGUCUGUCUGUCUGUGUGGGCUUUCAGAUGAGGAAUCAUUUUAUUUUUAAAGUGUAACUUUUGAUGUAGUGUCCAGUGUGGCAACUGAGGUCUCUUCAAGUGAUAGUGGCUUUGUUCAUUGGAGCUGAAAGAAAUAUAUAUAUAUGUAUACGUACAUAUAUACAACAUACAUAUGUAUAUAUUUAUAUAUAUUCAUUAAAAAUGAAAUUAUGAGGCUUAGAAGCAGGUAAUGUUAUAAUUUAAGAGAUUUACAUAUUAUUAUUAUUAUUAUUAUUAUUAUUAUUAUUAUUAUUAUUAUUAUUAUUAUUAUUAUUAUUGCCUCGCAUGAAUUCCUAAGCCACCUGGAAAAAUAUGUUUUUUUAAAUAACUAAAAACCUAAAGAUAUUUUCUCAAUAAAAAAAUGCGAUAAAGAUUUUAAAGUGUAAAAAACGGAAAAAGCCUCCAGAUAGCCCCAACAACAAUAAUUCACGGUUCCAUUUUCAUUUCACUUCGUUUCCCAGUUUCCUCAUCAAAUAUUGAAUCCGGUGAAUGUAAAUACAGAUAUAAAUUAUACUACAUAUAUAUAUAUAUUAUAUUAUAUCUUCUUGUCUAUACAGAUAUAUUAUAGUAUUUUAAGCACUGAAAGAGCUACUAUAUUGACGUUGGUCUCACUCUUGUGUUUUGGUUUAGAUGUUAUUUCGUAUCUUCUGAUAGCGACGUUUUAGGAUCAAGAAGAUGAAGAAGAAGAAGAAGAAUAAGAAGAAGAAAAGGCGUAUUUAUAACCGUGUUGGAAUAUUUUUUGAAAAGUUUUUUUUUUUUUAAAGGAAGAGACAACUUUUUUGAACGACUGAAACACCGAUGCACAAAACUCUCUGGUUGGCCCAGAUCUCGUUUCAGGGUGGGAGGAGUAUCAGACAAGACAUGUCAUUGGCGUCUAAACGCGUCACAUUCGUUACGACGCUCCUGAUUGGCUGUUGAUAAGCCAAUCAGAGGGCUGGAAACUCAAUCUCUCGAGAGAUUUCACAUAGGCAGGAGGGUUACGUCUUUCAGGAGAGGUGGAACGCAUCCUGCCUAUGUGAAUUCUCGAGAGAGACAGAGAGUUUCCAGCCCUAUGAUUGGCUUAUCAACAGCCAAUCAGGAGCGUCGUAAGGGACUGACCUAGACAUCGGAUGCACGGUUGAUGUGAAUCUACAAUAGCACAAACGAUUGGAUGAUGCUGGUUGAACAUUUCUUUAUAACUGAAAAAAAAACACCAAACAGAUCAUUAACCUAAUUGCAAUUGACAGGUUAUUUAACAUGAAGCAACAGCAGCAUAAGUCUGCAGAUACUUAAAUAAACAAAGUUUACGAAUAGGUCUAAACUUAAAAGGGAUUUGGGGGGGGGGGGGAGGGUUGUUGCGAGUUUGGUUGAGGGAACUUUGAGAGAUCAUUUUUACAGCCUCUUCUAGUAGGGAGAAACUGUUCCCCAUAGGCUAAUAAGUUGUGGGAAGACUAAAGACAGAUUCAUCCCCUGUAGACUCAUGUACUUACACACAGACUAAAGACACAUUCAUCCACUGUAGACUCAUGUACUUACACACAGACUAAACACACAUUCAUCCACUGUAGACUCAUGUACUUACACACAGACUAAAGACACAUUCAUCCACUGUAGACUCAUGUACUUACACACAGACUAAAGACACAUUCAUCCACUGUAGACUCAUGUACUUACACACAGACUAAACACACAUUCAUCCACUGUAGACUCAUGUACUUACACACAGACUAAACACACAUUCAUCCACUGUAGACUCAUGUACUUACACACAGACUGAAGACACAUUCAUCCACUGUAGACUCAUGUACUUACACACAGACUAAAGACACAUUCAUCCACUGUAGAGACUCGUGUACUUACACACUGACUAAAGACCCAUUCAUCCAUUGUAGAGACUCAUGUACUUACACACUGACUAAAGACCCAUUCAUCCACUGUAGACUCAUGAACUUAACACAGACUAAAGACAGAUUCAUCCACCGUAGACGCAUGUACUUAACACAGACUAAAGACGGAUUCAUCCACCGUAGACUCAUGUACUUACACACAGACUAAAGACCCACUCAUCCACUGUGGACUCAUGUACUUAACACAGACUAAAGACAGAUUCAUCCACCGUAGGCUCAUGAACUUAACACAGACUAAAGACAGAUUCAUCCACCGUAACCGCAUGUACUUACACACAGACUAAAGACAUAUUCAUCCACCGUAGACGCAUGUAUACUUACACACAGACUAAAGACGGAUUCACCCAACAUAGACUCAUACACUUACCACACACACACACACACAGACACCAGAUCAUAGUCCUAGGUAUGACGAAGCAUCAAUCUGGAACAAAGUCUCGUUCGAAACUGGGCGGAAGUAAACAAUUGGGUCAUAUAUAAUUAAUUACUUCCUCCGUCGCCCUGAAAAAGGUCUCGGGCCAACUGUUUGAAUCCCUCCUUCACUUUGACAUAGUUAAUGUUUGUCAGUGUAUAUAUAUAUAAUAUAUGUAUGAACAUUGUUUGUGUGUCUAUGUUUGUUCGUUUGACUCUUAGUGUAUAUCAACUUUGGAUACAGUCAGUGAUGCCAAUCGGCGGGUCAUGACCCCUCGACCUGUGGGUACAGGUCAGCAGAGGGGUCGCAUUUUUAUGAUUGUGAAUUAUUGGCAUGCCUUGAGUAUUAUUAUAAUUCGUGUGACCGUUAUUUGACCGUGGAAAUCCUGCGAUUAGGCCUAGUCAUAUAUAAGGAGUCCUUAGGAUUAUUUUUUUGAAAGUAGGUGAGUUCAUUGUGAAUCCGAAAAUGGAGCUUAGCUGUUCUUGCGGGUAGCGGCUUUAGGAGCAAGAGCCCGUGCCGCCGCCGGCGCAUUGCUGGCUUAACCUAAAAACUAAAAUAAUCUUAGGAGUAAAUUCAUUAGACGAACCGACCAAAACAGGUCUCGUAAACCUCAGUUGACGCGGCGCCACGAAAUUCCAAAGAUUGCCUUAAAUCCUGUGUUCGUUCGAAGUUUCCACAAAUGAAAAAUAGAAGACAUGGGUCGACCGAGGUUGACCCGAAAAGAGCGCUCUCGCAGAGGUCAUAUCCGAGUGUCCUGGCAGGGUUUUCUGUACAUAGUAGCAGCAGCUCCUCGGGAACUAGGCUGAGACUUUUGAUGUUUUUCCGCGCGCCCCCCGGACGCAAACGGGGAGUCGUUUGUCAUCUGUCGUCCUCCAAAUGGCGGCGAGAGUCGCCUAUAGCGAUGACGCUAUUAACUUUUUCUCUCUCUCUCUCUCUCUAUCUCUCCUCGAGAGCGUCCUCGCUUCGAUGCGAGAUGAGCCUCUGGAACUGAUGGUGUAGAUAAAUACUUUGUAAAAAAGAAAAAGAAAUUAA